AUGGAGAAAUCCGGCUAUGGCAGGGACGGCAUUUUCCGAUCUCUCCGUCCGCCUCUCGUUCUCCCAAAAGACCCAAAUCUCUCCUUAGUCUCUUUCCUCUUCCGUGAUUCUUCUUCGUACCCGAUGAAGCCUGCCCUCAUCGACGCCGAUUCCGGCGAGUCCCUCUCCUUCUCUCAGCUCAAAUCCACCGUCGCCAGGCUUGCACACGGGUUUCUCCGUCUGGGUAUUCACAAAAACGACGUUGUGUUGAUCUUCGCGCCGAAUUCUUUCCAGUUCCCUCUCUGUUUCUUCGCCGUCACCGCAAUCGGCGGCGUCGCCACCACCGCGAACCCGCUUUAUACGGUGGAGGAGCUUUCGAAGCAGAUCAAGGACUCGAAGCCGAAGAUCAUUGUGUCUGUCCACCAACUGCUGGACAAAAUUAAGGGUUUUGAUCUCCCCGUUGUUCUGAUUGGUCCGGGAGAAUCCAUACAGGUUCCUCGUACCGGGUCGAGCACGAAGGUUAUGAGCUUCCAUGACGUGAUGAAUCUAUCUGGGUCUUCCUCGGAUUUCCCGAUCGUCGAUGUCAAACAAUCCGACACGGCUGCUCUGUUGUAUUCUUCCGGCACCACAGGAACGAGCAAAGGCGUUGAAUUGACUCAUAGGAAUUUCAUUGCGGCGUCUUUGAUGAUAACGAUGGAUCAGGAGCUCAUGGGAGAGAUGCACCAUGUGUUCUUGUGCUUCCUUCCGAUGUUCCACGUGUUUGGAUUGGCAGUGAUAACGUAUUCUCAGCUGCGGAAGGGGAAUGCUGUGGUUUCCAUGGCGAAAUUCGAACUCGAUGCUCUUCUUAAGAACAUCGAAAAGUAUCGAGUCACCAAUCUGUGGGUCGUUCCUCCUGUUUUCCUUGCUCUUUCCAAGCAAAGUGCUGCGAGAAAAUACGAUCUUUCAUCGUUGAAGUACAUUGGAUCGGGGGCUGCACCUCUUGGAAAAGAGUUGAUGGAUGAGUGCGGAAAAAAUAUGCCUAACGUGAUGCUCUUGCAGGGAUAUGGCAUGACUGAAACUUGUGGGAUCAUCUCUCUGGAGGAUCCAAGACUGGGGAAACGGAAUACGGGUUCAGCCGGAAUGCUAGUCUCUGGAGUUGAAGCUCAGGUAGUGAGCGUUGAAACUCAAAAACCGUCGCCUCCUAAACAGUUAGGUGAAAUAUGGGUCCGAGGGCCUAACAUGAUGAGAGGUUAUUUUAAUAACCCUAAGGCGACGAAGGAGACAAUUGAUAAAAAGGGUUGGGUACAUACCGGGGACCUUGGCUACUUCGAUGAGGAUGGUAACCUCUAUGUUGUUGAUCGGAUCAAAGAACUUAUCAAAUACAAAGGCUUCCAGGUUGCUCCGGCUGAACUUGAAGGGCUUCUUGUAUCUCACCCUGAGAUACUAGACGCUGUCGUUAUCCCGUACCCAGAUGAAGAAGCUGGUGAAGUGCCAAUAGCGUUUGUCGUCCGGGCUCCCGGUAGCUCACUGACAAAGGAAGAGAUACAAAAUUUCAUAGCUAAGCAGGUUGCUCCUUUCAAGAGGCUGCGUCGGGUCUCUUUCAUAAGCAGUGUCCCGAAAUCGGCUUCUGGUAAAAUAUUGAGGAGAGAGCUCGUUCACCAAGUCAGACGAUCCAAGAUCUGAAAUCCCGAAUUGGCCCUUGGAGGGUGGAAAGAUAUUCAGUGGUUGUCAUUUCAUUUGUAUAAUCAGACAGAAUAUGAAAUUCAUAAAAUUGUGGUCAAAGUCAAACCACUCGAUGUUUUCAGACAAGAACUCAAGUUGAUGUAAGGACUUGCAUCUCUCAUGACAAGUUUAUGAACACGAUUUUAGACGCA